GUCUGUUCUUUUUGUGACAAACACUUCUUUGCAGUAUGCUGGACAUUGAGCUCUUUCGCGUGAACAAGGGCGGCAACCCGGACAAGGUCCGCGAGUCGCAGCGACGCCGCUAUGCCGACAUUACCCUCGUCGACCAGGUCAUUGCCCUCGACGAGAAGUGGCGUGCCCUCCGCGGCCGCGCCGACGACUGGAACCGCACCGCCAAGGCAUGCAGCAAGCAGUACGGUGUCAAGGCACAGGCAAAGGAGGCCCAGGGCGACUCGGACGACUUGCCCGCUGGCUUCAGCUUGGACACGCUGGUCGACCUCAAAGGCCAGCCCCUCACGGAUGCGCUUGCCCCCCUGACCAUGCGCCAGCUCAAGGCUGCCAAGCUCCUGUGCGAGGGCCGCCAGGCGGAUGUCGACAAGCAGGUCAUUGAAAGCGAGGCUGCUCGCGACUCGACCCUGCGCCUCAUUGGCAACCUCGUCGACGACAGCGUCCCGGUCUCGAACAACGAGGACAACAACAGGAUUGAGCACACCGUCGGCGACACGACCAGCGAGAAGAAGUACUCGCACGUCGAUUUGAUUCACAUGAUUGACGGUGUCGAUCUCGAGCGAGGCGUCACCGUUGCCGGCAACCGCGGCUACUUCCUCAAGGGCGCAACCGUCAUGCUCGAGUUUGCCCUCAUCCAGUACGCCUUCACGAUGCUUGUCCAGCGCGACUUUACCCCAUUGACCACCCCGUUCUUCAUGAACAAGUCCAUCAUGCAGGAGGUCGCACAGCUGUCGCAGUUUGACACGGAGCUGUACAAGGUGCACGCCAAGGCGUCGGAAAACCCCAACGACAACGCCACGGACGAAAAGUACCUCAUCGCCACGUCCGAGCAGCCCAUCGCUGCCUUCCACCGCGACGAGUGGAUGGACACCAAGGAGCUCCCCAAGCGCUAUGCGGGCUACUCGAGCUGCUUCCGCCAGGAAGUCGGCUCGCACGGCCGCGACACUGCCGGCAUCUUCCGCGUCCACCAAUUUGAGAAGAUUGAGCAGUUCUGCAUCACCUCGCCGCACGACACCGAGUCGUGGCAAAUGAUGGAGCAGAUGCUCAAGAACGCCACCGACUUUUACCAAAACCUCGGCAUUGGCUACCGCGUCGUCAACAUUGUCUCGGGCGAGCUCAACAACGCCGCCUCCAAGAAGUACGACGUCGAGGGCUGGUUCCCCGGCUCGAAGGCCUUCCGCGAGCUCGUCUCGUGCUCGAACUGCACCGACUACCAGUCGCGCCGUCUCCGCAUCCGCUACGGCACCAAGAAGGCCAACGAGGAUGCCACCUUUGUCCACAUGCUCAACUCGACCAUGUGCGCCCUCACCCGCGUCAUUUGCAUCAUCCUCGAGACAUACCAAACCGAGGAGGGCAUCGUUGUCCCCGAGGUUUUGCGCAUGUACAUGCCCGCGCAAUACCGCGAGCUGAUCAAGUUUGUCAAGGCUGCGCCCAUCGACAAGGCAAAGGAAGCCGAGGCCAAGACCAAGGCCAAGAAGUAAAAAACAAAACAACCCAAACUAAUCAAGGAGUGUUUUGUUUUUUUGUUGUUCGUUGGUUUUUUUUUUCUUUUGUUUUCUGGUUAUUUUUCAAUGUAUUCAGCCCUCGAUGCGUGAUGUGUUUGUUGCGAAUGAAAUUUUUCC